CCCACUCCUAUUUAUGAGCGUACUAGCCAACAAACUAAUUAGCUGAGAUACACACAUAAAGUUUGCUGCAAUAUUAGAAUCUAAGAAGAAGAUCCAUAAACUAAAAAACAAAAAUAAAAUAUGGCCGGUGGGGUAUUUCCGAUGAAUACACCCCCAGCCACCGGUAUCAAUGGUGGCAAGAUAACACUCUCAAUCAUCAUCACCUGCAUAGUUGCUGCUUCCGGUGGCCUUCUUUUUGGAUAUGACCUUGGAAUUUCAGGUGGUGUGACAACAAUGGUGCCGUUUCUUAAAAAAUUCUUUCCUGAAAUUCUAAGAAAGGCGGCGGAGAGUGAAGUAAACAUGUAUUGUGUAUAUGAUAGUCAAGUGUUGACAUUAUUCACAUCUUCUUUAUAUCUAGCUGGAUUACUGUCUUCCCUUGCAGCUAGCAAAAUCACCGCCGCGUACGGCCGGAGAAACAUUAUCAUAUUGGGUGGUAUUGUCUUCCUUGCCGGUGGUGCCGUUAAUGCUGGUUCAGAAAAUAUUGCUAUGCUUAUUUUGGGUCGUAUUCUUCUCGGGUUUGGGGUUGGUUUCACUAAUCAAGCUGCGCCAUUGUACCUAUCAGAAGUAGCACCUCCAAAAUGGCGUGGAGCAUUUAGCACAGGAUUUCAAUUCUUCUUGGGAAUUGGUGUUGUAGCAGCAGGGUGCAUAAACUAUGCAACUGCGAAACAUACAUGGGGAUGGAGACUCUCUCUUGGACUUGCAGUUGUACCUGCAGCUGUAAUGACAAUCGGUGCCUUCCUCAUAACCGACACACCAAGCAGCUUGGUAGAACGCGGUCAUAUUGAACAAGCCAAACAAGCCUUACGCAAAGUCAGAGGUUCCUCCGUUGAUAUUGAACCCGAGUUAGAAGAAGUUAUUAAGUGGACACAAAUUUCUAAAUCAGUUAAACAAGAACCCUUUAAGACCAUACUCAAAAGGGAGUAUCGACCUCACUUGGUUAUGGCAUUCAUUAUUCCUUUUUUCCAACAACUUACUGGGAUUAACAUUGUCGCUUUCUAUUCACCUAACCUCUUUCAAUCUGUCGGUUUAGGACACGAUGCUGCUUUACUUUCUGCCAUUAUACUUGGAGUUGUUAAUCUUGCUUCUAUUCUUAUCUCCACUGGUAUUGUUGAUCGAUUUGGUAGAAGAUUAUUGUUUAUAACUGGGGGUAUUGUCAUGUUUGUGUGCUUGAUUGCCGUGUCGAUUGUGUUGGCAGUGGUAACGGGUGUGGAUGGUACAAGCGACAUGUCAAAGGGAAACGCAAUAUUGGUGUUGGUGUUAUUGUGUUUCUACGCUGCAGGUUUCGGUUGGUCGUGGGGCCCACUCACGUGGCUAAUUCCAAGUGAGAUAUUUCCAGUAAAUAUAAGAACAACUGGACAGAGCAUAGCUGUUGGUGUGCAAUUCAUAAUAAUAUUUAUUCUAUCGCAAACAUUUUUGACAAUGCUAUGUCACUUUAAGUUUGCGGCCUUCUUGUUCUAUGCUGCUUGGGUUGUUGUCAUGACUCUUUUUGUUAUCUUCUUCUUGCCUGAAACCAAAGGAAUUGCUUUGGAGUCCAUGUACACCAUAUGGGGAAAACAUUGGUAUUGGCAUCGAUUUGUUAAAGGAACAGAUCACCAAGACACUACUCUUCCAUAAACUUUGUACAUAAAUCAUCAAAAUUGUUGACUUUUCGCCCGCUUCCUACCUCUAAUGUUUUGUCAACCUCUUUAAGAGUUGUUUUCUUAGAUACUAUUUAAUAUAUUUUAAUCAAUUAUAAAAGAAAAUGUAUUAAAUAGUGUCUCAAAAUGAAUGUAUUGUUUAUAGUGCAUAAAUUAAAUAA